AUGGGUAUGGCAGCAGCGGAAUCGCAGUUUCAUGUUUUAGCUGUUGAUGAUAGUUCAUUCGAUAGGAAACUUAUAGAGAGACUGCUUCAAAAGUCUUCGUGUCAAGUAACAACUGUUGAUUCAGGCUAUAAGGCAUUAGAGUUUCUUGGUUUAGGACAAGGUGUUGAGAGUAACGACCCAAAUGGUCUUUCUACAUCUCCUCAGGAGGUUGAAGUGAAUCUGAUAAUCACAGAUUAUUGUAUGCCAGGCAUGACUGGUUAUGAUUUGCUCAAGAAAGUUAAGGAAUCAUCUGCUUUUAAGAACAUACCAGUAGUAAUAAUGUCCUCAGAGAACGUUCCUGCAAGAAUCAGCAGUUGUUUAGAAGAAGGAGCUGAGGAGUUUUUCUUGAAACCUGUAAGAUUGGCUGAUCUCAACAAGUUGAAACCUCAUAUGAUGAAAACAAAGUUGAACAACCAGAAGCUGGAAGAGAUUGAAAAGCCUUUAAUUGUAGCAGCAGCCGCAUCAGUUGAACCAGAGAUUGAAGAUUCAGCCGAAGUUGGAAGCAAAAUCUUGACUCUUCAUUCUGAAUUAGAACCGAAACAAGUACAUCUGGAAGUAGUACAACCAGAGGAGCAACCAUUGAGUAACCACAAGAGGAAGUCAAUGGAAGAAGGGCUCUCAGCAGAUAGAUCACUUCCUAGAUUCGAGGGUAUCACAACAGGUGUCUGA